CCACACACUCUCUCUCUCUCUUAUUCUUUCUCAUACUCGCUCGGCGCCUGAAACCAUGGCUCUGUUGGUAGAGGUCAAGGACAUCUCCCAGGCCGACUUCGGGCGCCUGGAGCUGGAUCUGGCCGAGGUCGAGAUGCCGGGCCUCAUGGCCUGCAGGGCCGAGUUCGGCCCAUCGCAGCCCUUCAAGGGGGCCCGCAUCACCCGCUCCCUCCACAUGACCAUCCAGACCGCUGUCUUCGCCUGGAAGGGCGAGAGACUCCAGGAGUACUGGUGGUGCACCGAGCGCGCCCUCGACUGGUGCCCCGGCGGCGACGCCACGCUCCUCAUCCACGAGGGCGUCAAGGCCGAGGAGCUCUACGAGAAAACCGGGCAGUUGCCUGACCCUGCUUCCACCGACAACGCUGAGUUCCAGAUCGUCCUCACCAUCAUCAGGGACGGCUACCGCAAGAUGAAGAACCGUCUCGUUGGGGUUUCCGAGGAAACCACCACCGGCGUUAAGAGGCUCUACCAGAUGCAGGCCAAUGGCACUCUUCUCUUCCCUGCUAUUAAUGUUAACGACUCUGUCACCAAGAGCAAGCUAGCUCGGUGGCCAAUGAGUUCCAAACCACCACCCACAAAUGAUCAUAAAUCCAAAGCUACUGGUUCAAAGAAACCUGAUCUCAGUGGUAACUCCAAAGGCUCUGGGAAAGGGUCUGGGUCCGGGUCUGGGUCUGGGUCUGGGAAAGGAUCUGGUUCCAGUUCUGGGACUGGCAAUAAGAAGAAAUGAUCUCAUACAAACUUCUUUACAUCAUACCAUGGUGAUGGGUUAUUUAUAAUCUUCACAGCACCCCCUUCAUUUUGUCAUGUCAGUUUCGCAUUCUGUUUUACAUGUAAAUAAUCUCUCUACUUUAUAAGGGUGCACUAGUCUAUAGGAUAGUGGUUUAGUUGUUUCAUUUGUUCCUAUUUUAGUGUCAUACAGUACGUGAGCUACUAUUUUUCUGUUUCUGUAAGGCUU